CCUACCAAUCAGGUUUAGUAGGACAACUGAUAGGGUUCCAGCUUUCGGAGGAGGAUUCCUGUUUUUGCCCUUUCUUUCUCCUCAAGUCGAGUCAUCGUUGUUGCCAGCAGCAGCAGCAGCAGCACCUGGCGAAGUGGAAACCAUUUUAGCAAGGGGGACGGUUUCAAUUCUUGCUCUGUGCCCUUCUUUUGGCAACUCACUUGUCACUGAAGCAAAUCAACAAACACUUGGAACGGAACUCUUCCAUGCUCUCUCCGCCGCCAUACAGGCUCUCUUAUUGCCUGGUUGCUUUCUUACUCGUCGAUUCUGGAGGCCUGGUCGUCGUUGAAAGUGAAAGGUACGUGCAAUUUGCCUAGAACUUCGGAGAAUUGAUUGUGGUGGACUGUUCUUGCUUUUCCCCUGUUUGUUCCCAGACUAUCAGGAAUAGGUAUGUUUAACAAUUUGGUAGGGGUAAUGGACGGUAGCUUAAGUUAAAAGAGAUUACGGUGACGUGAUUGAGUGCCUUGUGUUGUGUAUGAUUCUGGUUCUGGGCUGGCAGCUUAGUUCGUUGCCGGAGAAAUGAAGCUUGGACAGGAAGUGUUUUAUUGCCGAAAAUUAAACUUGCAGUAGGCCGAUUCAGCUGAAAAUUGCUGCUGGUUUGUGCGCAUUACAUUUCUUGCAGUUUUUGAGUGCCAGAAGUGUCUUGCUGUUUGCAGACUGUUGGACUGCUGAACAUGGGAGUCUGCUUGAUGUGCUAGGGCAAUAAAGCAUGGAGAUAAUCGAAACCAUCUCCAGUCUUCCGGUCCAAGAUCCUCCCGAGGAUGAAUUCUCUGCGGCUGAUUUGACCUGGACCAAGUUUGGGACUGCUGAUCGUUAUGAUGAGGUUGCUGUAAUUCCUUACAACCGCGUCGAUACGUUUAUAAUUGGGGAAUGCUCUAAUAUAGAAUGCCCAACACGUUUCCAUAUCGAGAGGGGGAGGAAACGGUCUAAAGGAAGCCUGAAGGAACAUAAGAGUGAUGACUAUUUGGAGUAUAAACUUUACUGGUGUUCAUUUGGUCCUGAGAAUUAUGGGGAGGGUGGAAGCAUAUUACCUAGCCGAAGAUACCGGCUUAAUACCCGGAAUCGUGCUGCUAGACCUCAAUCAAUGCGUGGUUGCACAUGCCACUUUGUGGUGAAGCGCCUAUAUGCCCUUCCAUCACUUGCGCUUAUUGUAUAUAACGACAGGCGACAUGUCAACAAAUCAGGGUUUCUCUGUCAUGGACCGCUUGAUAGGGAUGCCAUUGGCCCUGGGGCAAAGAAAAUCCCUUAUAUUUGUAAUGAGAUUCAGCAACAAACUAUGUCCAUGAUUUACCUUGGAAUCCCCGAGGAAAAUGUGUUGGAGAAGCAUAUCGAGGGUAUUCAACGAUAUUGUGGUGCAGAUCCAAAAGUCAACAGCCUUGCUUCUCAGUAUGUCCAGAAGAUGGGCAUGAUUAUCAAACGUUCAACGCAUGAAUUGGAUUUAGAUGAUCAAGCAAGUAUCCGGAUGUGGGUUGAACGCAACAAGAAAUCCAUAUUUUUUUAUCAGGACAAUUCAGAAACUGAUUCUUUCAUUUUGGGCAUUCAGACCGAGUGGCAGUUGCAGCAGAUGAUAAGAUUUGGUCAUCACAGUCUCAUUGCUGCUGACUCAACAUUUGGCAUUAAGAGACUCAAGUACCCAUUGAGCACACUUCUUGUCUUUGACUCGAGACAACAUGCACUUCCUGUCGCUUGGAUCAUCACACGUAGCUUUGCGAAACAUGAUGUUGCUAAAUGGAUGAAGGCUUUACACGAGAGAGCUUCAUCUGCAGAGCCUGGAUGGAAGAUUAAUGGAUUCUUGAUUGAUGAUGCCGCUGCAGAGGUUGAUCCCAUAAAGGAUGUAUUCAGCUGCCCUAUCCUUUUCUCACUCUGGCGGGUUCGUAGAUCAUGGCUGAGAAAUAUUGUUAAAAAGUGCAGUAGCAUUGAAGUCCAACGAGAGAUUUUCAAACGUCUUGGGAGGAUCGUUUAUAGUAUUUGGAGCGGGGUUAAUGCUUUGACUGCUUUGGAAGAACUAAUCCAUGAUUUUGCUGAUCAAUCUUCAUUCAUACAAUACUUUGAAGCUUCUUGGGUGCCAAAGAUUGAGAUGUGGCUAUCAAUGAUGGGCACUCUUCCUAUUGCUAGUCAAGAGGCUUCCGGUGCGAUUGAAGCUUAUCAUGUAAAGCUGAAAGCAAAAUUAUUUGACGACUCACAUCUCGGAGCGCUACAAAGAGUAGAUUGGUUAGUCCACAAGCUAACAACUGAAUUGCACUCUAGCUACUGGCUAGAUAGGUAUGCAGAUGAAAGUGAUUCUUUCAAAAACGUAAAGGAAGAAUACGUUGCUUCUACUUCAUGGUACAGAGCAUCUCAAAUCCCUGAUUCUGCUGUUUCAUUUGAUGACAAAGAUCGUCUGUUUGCUAAGGUUGCAAGUCAAAAUGAUGGAAACCCAGCACGUGUAGUCUGGAACCCCGGAUCGGAAUUUGCAUUCUGUGAUUGUCUUUGGUCAUUGCAAGGUAACCUAUGCAAACAUGUGAUCAAGGUAAACUUUAUGUGUGAAUCUUCUCCAGAUUCUCAGCCUUCCAUGUCUUUCCAGUCGUUUAAGGAUAUUUUAGUGGAUAUAUGUAAGAUGCCGAUGGAUGACUCGGUUGCUUUAGAUCUUUCCAUGGCAUGGACUCUCCAGAUGGUUGAUCAAAUAAAGCAACUCGUCGAACUGAACAGUACGAACGAUAUUGGUUCGGUUGUAAACACCUUACCCCUGCAGUGGGUUUCUAAGAAAGGCAGAACAUCUGUUGGCAUACCUUCUGCAGCUUGUUCUGGUCGUCCAUCGGGUUCACAGAUUACGAAGACCGUGAAAAAGAGCCGAAAGCGUAAGAGAAUUGGGAGGUGGAGAUAGUUAGGGUUAUUUGGUUACAGGGGAAAAUAUGUGACCAGUGUGUAGAACAAUUCUUGAAGGCAGAUUUUGUCACGAGUUUUUGAAACCUCAGGUGGAUAGAUACCAUGUUUGCUAUAUUAUCUGCAACUGAGAAGCUGCUGGGAGAUCAUUCAUGAGUAUGAGAAGAUUGGUUGAGCAAUUUGUUUCGCAGAUGAUAGAAAAACUUUCUACUGCGGUAGAAGUGUAGUACUGUGAAUCUUUUGACUUUAGCUUGAGGUGGUGAAAAAAUGUUUUAGGUUUACAGUGCACAAAGAAUUGUACAGGCCAAUUUACUACCUGAUCCUUCAGUUAAUUACUCGUAGAGUUUUUACAUUGGCGGCGGGUUAUGUUGCGUAGCCAGCUAGCUGGAACUCGAAGUUGCUACUAAACAACUCUGUUGACUGAAACAUAUAAAUUAUAUAAUUGAUC